AUGAUGAUGAUGAUGAUGAUGAUGGCGGCCAUGAUGGUCACCUGCAGCUCUUUGUUUCUUUUGGGAUUGGCAGCCGCUCAUGCUUCCUCUUCCAGCACUGUAACUCGUUCGUCUUCCUCGUCCUCUUCUUCCUCGCCACGUAUGAAGCUCUCUUAUAAAGAUUUGCAGCAGUUUAAUGGAGUGAGACGGUUUGAGAUGGAACGGUCCUGCUGCUUCAGCGCUCUGCUGCUUGAUGAGGAGCGGGGCCGACUUUUCGUCGGGGCCAAGAAUUUCCUCCUCUCACUCUCACUGGAAAACAUCGGCAAACAGGAGCACAAGAUUCAUUGGCCUGCUCCUGUUGAGUGGAGAGAGGAAUGUAACUGGGCUGGCAAGGAUAUCACAUCUGACUGUGUAAAUUAUGUGAAGAUCAUCCACCACUUUAACCGUACCCACCUGUACGCCUGCGGAACUGGAGCCUUCCAUCCCACUUGUGCAUUGGUGGAGGUGGGGCACAGGAUGGAGGACCAUGUUUUCAAGAUCAACCCAUCUAACAUGGAAGACGGCAAAGGGAAGAGUCCAUAUGAUCCUCGCCAUGAUGCUGCAUCUGUACUCGUAGGUGAUGAGCUGUACGCAGGUGUAGCCACAGAUUUAAUGGGGCGGGACUUCACCAUCUUUAGAAGUCUGGGGAAACGCCCUUCCAUUCGCACAGAGCAGCACGACUCCCGUUGGCUCAAUGAGCCUAAAUUUGUCGGCUCCUUUUGGGUCCCAGAAAGUGAAAAUCCUGAUGAUGAUAAAGUAUUUUUCUUCUUCCGUGAGACUGCAGUGGAGGCUCAAGGAUUGGGAAAAUCCACAUACUCCCGCAUUGGACAACUAUGCAGGAAUGACAUGGGCGGUCAAAGAAGUUUGGUGAAUAAGUGGACGACAUUCCUCAAAACCCGCCUGAUCUGUUCGGUACCGGGAGCCGAUGGCAGUGACACCUACUUUGAUGAGCUGCGCGACGUAUUCCUGCUGCAAACGAAGGAUAGAAAGAAUCCACUGGUCUACACUGUCUUCUCCACUUCCAGCAGUGUAUUUAAAGGCUCAGCUGUGUGUCUUUACUCCAUGAAUGACAUCCGGAGGGCCUUUCUGGGGCCAUUUGCUCACAAAGAGGGGCCCAACUACCAGUGGGUCCCCUUCCAGGGAAAAGUGCCUUAUCCCCGCCCAGGAAUGUGUCCCAGUAAGACCUUUGGCAGCUUUGAGUCCACCAAGGGUUUUCCAGAUGACGUGAUUCAGUUUGCUCGACAUCACCCUCUGAUGUACAACCCAGUGUACCCCAUGACCAGACGGCCCGUUUUUGUCAGAACUAAUGUGGAAUACAGCUUCACCCAGAUCACCGUAGACAGGGUCAACGCUGCCGAUGGACAGUAUGAUGUGAUGUUUAUCGGCACAGAUAAAGGGACUGUACUGAAGGUCAUCAAUGUGCUAAAGGGGAGUUGGAACAACAUGGAAGAACUUCUUUUGGAAGAGUUGGAGGUCUUUAAAGAUGCAUCAUCUAUCAUCAACAUGCAAAUCUCCUCGAAACGGCAACAACUCUACGUGGGCUCCAACACAGGCAUUGCCCAGGUGCCCCUCCAUCGAUGCAGUGUGUAUGGGAAAGCAUGUGCUGAGUGCUGCCUGGCCCGGGACCCUUACUGUGCUUGGGACGGGACAUCCUGCACGCGAUAUCUCCCGAACACCAAGAGGCGAUUUCGUCGCCAGGAUGUGAGGAAUGGUGAUCCCAACACUCUUUGCUCAGGAGACCACCACAAGCACCACGUUGCUGAAAAGAAGCUGUACGGAGUGGAAGGAAGCAGCACUUUCUUGGAAUGCAUCCCCAAAUCGCUUCAGGCUCAGGUCACGUGGACCUUUCAAAAACAACGAGACAAGCCACGAGAAGAGGUGCGUCUGGACGAUCGUCUUCUGCAGACAGAACGAGGCCUCUUGAUUCGUCGCGUACUCAGAAAAGACACGGGUGUUUACCAAUGUCACGCCAUGGAACAUGGCUUCACCCAAACCCUGCUUGGCAUCACUUUAGACGUCAUCCAGCCCAGCUCCUCCAACCUGCCGUCUGCAAGCCCUUCCCAAAUGGAGCCCCGAAGCGGGGGAGGACCUCUAGUAGCCAACCCGAAGCUUUGGUAUCGGGACUUUAUGCAGCUGGUUGACCAUCCAAACUUGAGCACCGUGGACCAAAUUUGCGAACAAGUCUGGGCCCGCAGGAAUCCCGCCGGUGAUCUAACGGAGAAGAAGAUUCCCCCUCAGGGGAGGGACUCGACACCCCCUGGCCCCUCUGCCCGGCCCGCUAAUAAAAAGUGGAAGCAUCUUCAGGAAAUGAGGAAGGGGAGAAACCGCCGGACCCACGAAGCAAAGCAGAACCCUCGGGCGCCACGGAGCGCGGGGGAGUUACAGCAAUGA